AUUUGUUCGUUUUGCAGUUGUUGUUCUAUGUAAAUUGUGUGGAAUUAAUUUGUAAAAUAACAAUAAAAGUCACCGGCGAAAUAAUUUGCAUUUAAACUGGCAGAGUCAGAUAGGGAUAAGUUUCAGAAGAUGGAAGUGGAUCAAAUUGUCAGCGAAUGGAGUUACCCAGCCGAAGGGUCCAGACUGCCUCUUAUCGAUGAGUCGUCGGCGCUGGGGACUCAGCCGCCGAAAGAUAGACUGAUAGCUGUGUUGGACCAGGUAGAGAUGCGCGUGGAGCGCCUGCGCCGUGACACUGUGCGCAUCGAGGAGGAGCGGGACUCCCUUCUGUCCACCCUUGACAGCAUCAAGCAAUCUGAGCUGCUUGGUGAUGUCUCUGAAUGUGACAAGGAUGACAUCCUGAGGUAUGCAGAACGUAUUCUGGCGCGCGCUAUGACGGUGGAGGUGGCCGUGCGCACCGACCGCGACCCACAGCAAGAGGAAGCUUUGCAUCAGGUGAACAUGUACAUAGACCAGCUGGUGGUGUCCGUGCAAGCGGACGCCGUGGUGGCGCACACGCGCUGCCAGACCUACAUGAACGCCUGCACGUCGCAGCCCGACCCCGCCUCGGGUACGGACAAGAACUUCGAGAGCGCCAUCCUGGGCUGCACCCUCGACGACCAGAAGCGCGUCAAGAAACGCCUCCAAGGGCUCCUCGAUUACUUCGCCAAACUGAACGUGACGACCUACUCGUGAGUGCCGGAGAUGCUCCAGGACAAACUGAUAAUAGAGUAGCAGUGGAGUGAACUGUGCCUUCACGCGUUUCUCGGUUAUGCGUGCUUCGGUUGCAAUUUACGGAAUUCCAGUGGUGUUUUGUGAGUUAUUUUUUAAUUGUUUAACUUAUAAUUUCUAUGAUUUCUUGUACUGAUUGAUAUAAUAGCAGGCGGUCAACGUUAUUUACGGUCUCUUGUCCUACCUACGUACAUUGAUUCCGUUGACACUUCAACCUCUGUCAGCUGAGCGUUUUCAAUAUUCUCUCCUCAACCAUAGAGUCAAGUCCAGGAUCCGCCACAAUUUGCACGUUAAUCUUAAAAAAAUAUAGUUAAAGUUAAACAAAUAUUACAAUUCAAUUAUAGUAAAUUUAUUAUAUUAGUACAUUCGCUAUAUUUUGUCACUUUCUUUAUUUGGUGUACCAAGUAAAAUUUUAGUUAUCCAAACAUUCAAAAAAUGUUUGGAUUGUUGCAUUUUAUUACAUCGCGGUUCCGCUCGUGGUAGUCUGUGUUUGACCUUGGGUCAUUAGCUAAACUUCCAAAUUUCAUCAAAAUAUGGCUUAGCCGUGAAAGUGUGACAGACAGACUUUAGCAUUUAAAAUAUUAGUAUGGAUUUUAGUUGCAUUAUAUGAUUGUACUUGUAUGGUCCACAACAGUUGUUUAUAGCUUUGGCAAAUGUGAUAUGUGUAAUAUGGUGUAUACCAAAUUUACUAGUAAUUUUUACCUUACUACCAUACAUACCACCCCUGGAGUCAGUAUGCUGCUAACUGUACAUAAUCGUACAUAAGACAUAUUUUUUAUUGAAAUCUUCGACAAUCAAUAUUCUUCACGUUAAUUAUAUUAUAAUACACAAAUGUCUUUUAACGUACAAUAAUAUUGAUUUAAAAGAGUAUAUUUCAUUAAAAAUAUAUAAAGAUUGUUUACAAUUACUUAAAUGUGGUAUAGUAGAGAAAAUUAUAGUAAUAUGUAUAGAGUAAUGUAAUUACAUAUAUUAUUGUAAUGUAGUUAACUUGUUUAUCCUCACUCUCAUAUUGCGCAAUUUGUCAAAGUUGUCUAAACAUUUUAUGAUUAGUAUAAUUGUAAUUUAAUUACUAUUCCCAUUAUUAAUACAAAUGUUUUCACUGGUUAGGCGUGGAAUAAAUAUUCUGUACUUUGUCUCAUUCUUUCAAUGUCAAAGAAAAGAAAGGGACAAAACAAAGAAUAACUAUUUCACGCCUAAUUAUAGAAUAACAUUUUUAAUAAUAUGACGAUAUAUGUUUUACUUACGAAAUCAACUGAUAGUUACAGUUUGUCAAGAAAGGGUGCUAAGAAAUUAAAUGUGGGCGCUGUCUCCUAUUGGCUAGCAACACUGGGCGUUUAUCAACCAAUGUUGUCCAUUUUAUGUGGUAUUGCAAAUGGCAAAAAUAAUGUACUUCGUCGAAAUUGCGUUUUCUUAACUUUCUUGACAGACCGUAAAACAGAUUUUUAAGCAUCACGAUAUACUGUAUUCUAAGUCGAUUUUCUAUAACACGUAAAGUAAUUUCAUGUUGAAGCUAGUCUUCAGUUUGAUCUGUAAAAGUGAUUUUUGUACCUCUUAUUUAUUAUGCUGCAGUUUAAAGACUUAUUUAUGCUUUUAAUACAUAAAUUAUUGUGAGUUUAUCGUUUUAUAACUGUACUUACGAAACUUUAUCAACAAAUACAGUCAAUUAAGCAGAGAAACUCGCUCUUAAUCAUAAAAAAGUUAACAAGCUAAAAGUAUGUUUGUCUCGUUCUGUCAAUGUCAAAUAUUGUAAAGUGUGAUAGUGACAAAACAUCUUUAGCUUAAAGUAUGCUUUAACUUUUUUAUGACUGUUAGUAUUUUAUUGCUCAAUCACUGUUGUUAAUAAUUCUGGCAUUUGAUGCUUAGAAUCUUUACUUCUUUACUUAGAAAACUUAUAAUAAAUAAUUAUUAUUAAUUCCACAAAAUAUAUACUUACAGGUUUUCAAUCAGAGCGUUGGCUGACGCACUACUAAGAAAGUUCUUUGUAUAAAAUUUGGAGUCAAAAAUAAUUCCUAAUAUAUUUUGUUAUUAUUAGGUGUUUUGACUCCAAAAUCGUCACUGUCAUACAAUGGGACUUGUAUUAGACCUAUAAUUAUUUGUUUUUCACAAAAGUGUCUCAGAAAAUAUCCAAUUAUUUCACGUUCAAGUUUUUUCCUAAUUGGAUUUUUUUUAUUACAGUCAGGAGUUGCUAUGUAGUACAGUCAAAAGCAAGUCAAGCUGCCCAAAUUCAUUGCAAAUUCAUUGUUAUUACCUACGCGAGUCCACGCAGGGUAACUUGUAAGUUUGAUUGUACAAAACGUUGUAAUAAAUUUUAAUAUUUACUAAUAUCGCUUGUAAAUUGUAAAAAUACCUGACUUUGAAUUACUAUCUGUAUACAUGUAGAUAGAUAAAUUAUUCCAAUGUUGUGUGUUCGGUGUUGAAAGGAUUGCUAACAUUGAAAUAGAGGUUAUUUCAAUUAAUUGUAAACGAAUAGAUUUCUCAUCAAUAAAUUUGGUUAUUUUGCA